GCAGAGGCCCCAGGCUGGGCCAGAUGCUGGCUGUGAGGGCUCCUGCCAGGUCUACCCCACCUGUGGGCAGGGCCGUGGGCAGAGGAUAGAAGCCACUGACAGGCUCCAAUCCCUGCUCCUUCCCCCGCUUAUCCCCAGUAACCAAGCCCAGCAUUGAGGCUGGGCACUGGCAGCCAGUAGGUCUGAGUCUUUCAGGUAGAAGGUGGAAGCGUAGGCCGGGUGUGCAGCGAGUGGCACAGGGGAGCGGCGCUGGGAAACCGGAGCGUGUGACCGGGCCAUGAGGACAGCGUCCUCACUGGGGUGGCAGUUGGCUUGGAGGUCACCUGGGGCUCGCUCAGCUAACAGGAGAGGGUGCUUAUUCCCCACAUUCAUGGUGGUACCUCCUGGUCACCCAUUGAAGCAGUGUUUGUGGUGGAGCCCCUGAGGGCUUGGUGGGGUUGAGCAGAAGGAGGGAAGGUUUCAUGGAGCAGGGAGGGAGACGGCUAGGGCAGCAAGUGAAGGAUGGACUCGCCUUCCCAUCCCUCCAGGGGCACUCCUGCCAGCCAGCCCCUCCCCCGCUUCCCAUGAUGGGGUGACUGUUGGAAUUCUGCACCCCAUCUCUUCUGAUUAUCGGGGGCCCAGGACAAGGGGAUGGGCGUUUGUGGGCCUCACCCCUCCAGGCAGACAGGAGGAAGCCAUGUCCCAGCAGGCUAGGGCAGAGGGACCCCCAAUGCCAGCAGUGCUUUAUCAGCGGGUGCCAGGCAAGGCUAUCCCCAGGGUGAGGACAACAUCUCCCCGGGCCCUGUUAUCAGUCACAGAGUCCACAGGACGCUCCUUGGGUUAACGUGUAACCAUGAGCCCUCCCCUCCACCCCCUGAAGCCACUCGCUCCCAGAUUAGGUCGCUCUGGGGGUAUCAGGCCAGCAUGGACGCUAGCAAAGCGGGGCAGACCCUGAAGACUCACUGCUCAGCCCAGCGCGCAGAUGUCUGCAGGUGGCUGAGCCCCUUCAUCCUCUCCUGCUGCGUGUACUUCUGCCUCUGGAUUCCCGAGGACCAGCUGUCCUGGUUCGCUGCCCUGAUCAAGUGCCUGCCCGUCCUCUGCCUGGCCGGGUUCCUGUGGAUCAUGUCCCCAAGCGGGGGCUACACCCGGCUCCUCCAGGGAGCCCUUGUGUGCUCAGCUGUGGGGGACGCCUGCCUCAUCUGGCCUGAAGCCUUCCUCCCUGGCAUGGCCGCCUUUGCCACCGCCCACCUCCUCUACGUCUGGGCCUUCGGCUUCUCUCCCCUGCAGCCUGGCCUGCUGCUGCUCAUCAUCCUGGCCUCUGGCCCCUACCUCAGCCUUGUGCUCCAGCACCUUGAGCCGGAUAUGGUCCUGCCGGUGGCAGCCUACGGGCUGAUACUGAUGGCCGUGCUGUGGCGCGGCCUGGCCCGGGGCGGGAGUGCCGGCUGGGGUGUGCUGCUCUUCACACUGUCUGAUGGCGUGCUGGCCUGGGACACCUUCGCCCAGCCCCUGCCCCAUGCCCGCCUGGUGAUCAUGGCCACCUACUGUGCUGCCCAGCUCCUCAUCACACUGUCAGCCCUCAGGAGCCCUGUGCCCAAGACUGACUGACUAGGGAGCUUGAAGGGCCGGUGUUCAGGCCUCUUCUGCAAGUACCUGGGCCUCUCAGACCAGCCCAGCCUGAGAAAUACCCUCAGCAGCGAAGCUUCCUGAUGCCUGUCUGCAGGCGCCGCUGCCGCCGUCGCUUCUGGCUGAAGACAUUUGAGGACGAUUUGCGGAAUUCCAAGUCCACUGCUGGGUUCCAGCUGCCUUCCCUGGGUUCUGACUCCAGAUCCCUGGCUCAUCAGCCAGGCCCACAUGCGGCCCUCCCAGCCACCAGCCUGCCUCCGUGUUGGCUGUCGGCCCCACAGCCUGCCCACCCCCUGCUGUUGCUCUGAAUCCGUUUUCCUUGUGGGUGUGGAACCGUAGAUGAUGUUGUUACCGUAGGAGAGGCCUCGGGGAGGGUCCUCAUUGUGAUAAACCAUCGCGGUUAAUGACAGCAGAAGGUUCUUUGUCGCUCCCCAUGGACCAGGCCUGGUGCCCAGUGGGACCCUCCAUGGCCCUCUGGUGCGGGGGAUUCGGGGGGAUAAAGUGAGGAUUGUGCAGAACUGAGCCAAGAGGACUGUUUGGUCUCUGUUAGUUUCCUGGGGCUGCCGUCACAAGUUACCCCAAGCCAGAUGCUUUGAAACAAGAUGAAUGGACUCUCCUGCAGUUCUGGAGACCCAGAGUCCAAAAUCAGAGUGUUUUCCGGCCCAUGGUCCCUCUUGAGGCUCUAGGGAAGAAUCCGUCCUUGCCCUCUCGGCUUCUGGAGGCUCCCAGGAAUCCCUGGCUUCCCUUGGCCUGUGGCUGUGUCUCUCUGUCUUCAUGUGGCUGUCUUCACCUGGCAGCCUCCCUCUGUGUCUGCAUCCUUCUAGGGACACAGGUUGUUGGAUUUAGGGCCCACCCUAAACCCAGGGUGGUUCCAUCUCAAGAUCCUUAAGUAUGUCUGCAAAGCCCCUGUUUCUAAGUAGUGUCACCUGCAGAGGUACCUGGGGUUAAGACUUGGACAUAUCUUUCUAGGGGACACAACCUGCUGCAGUCACAUGCAGUAUCAGGAGAAGGGUGGGAGGCUUGAGGAUGAGGGGUCUUGGAGGAGGGAGGGUAGCAAGGGGGUAGGAAUCAAAUGGGAAGGAGGAACCCAGCUGUGCUCCUUGUCAAGGCUGUGUGACCUUCGCAAGCUGCUAUCCCUCUCUGGUCCACAGAUUCUGCAUCUGAAGACUUGACAGGGUCCAAGCUGCUUUCCAAGACCCUAUUUGACUUCUGCAUCCAUGAUGUGCUUUCAGUGACUCAUAGCAGAGAGGCGACUUCUCCAUCCAUGGUCAGCAUUUAGAGACUCUUACAGCAGAGAGGCAACCUCUCUAUCCAUGACCUGCAUUUAGGGACUCUUAGAGCAGAGAGGUGGCUUCUCCAUCCAUGACCUGCAUUUAGGGACUCAGAUGUGAGAGUACAGAGGUGGGAAGGGAAGGUGGGGAGCCUGGAGGAUGGGGACCAGGAAGGAAAUUGAGGACAGGAAUCCACAGUUGGAGUGAGGAGAAGUGGAAGCGGAGGGAUUUCCUUGAGGAAGGGUCAGGCAUGAGGAGGAUCUGAAGGAUUGGACUCAGGUUUGAAACUUCCACUUCCUCCUCAUCUCCUACCCUCUCCACUGAGACCUGAUGAAAGGUGGGGAAAGAGGAAAUUGAGCAGUGAAGUGCAGCAGGAGGGACGGGGGUCUGGGUGUGCAGAUUCCAGGAGCACGUGGGGCCUGCAGACAUGAGGGGUUCCUGGAGGUGAGGGAGGAGAGGCUGGAACCUGGACUCCUGGGUCUGAGGGAGGAGGGGCUGGGGCCCUGGACUCCUGGGUCUGAGGGAGGAGGGGCUGGGGCCCUGGACUCCUGGGUCUGAGGAAGGAGGGGCUGGGGGCCUGGACUCCUGGGUCUGAGGGAGGAGGGGCUGAACCUGGACUCCUGAGUCUGAGGGAGGAGGAGCUGGGGGCCUAGACUCCUGGGUCUGAGGGAGGAGGAGCUGGGCCUUGACUCUUGGUUCUGAGGGAAGAGGGGCUGGGGGCCUGGACUCCUGGGUCUGAGGGAGAAGAAGCUGGGCCUUGACUCUUGGUUCUGAGGGAAGAGGGGCUGGGGGCCUGGACUCCUGGGUCUGAGGGAGGAGGGGCUGAAGCCCCGGACACCUGGGUCUGAGGAAGGAGGAGCUGCGGGCCUGGACUCCUGGGUCUGAGGGAGGAGGGGCUGGGGACCUGGGUCUGAGGAAGGAGGGGCUGGGGGCCUAGAGUCCUGAGUCUGAGGGAGGAGGAGCUGGGGUCCUGGGUCUGAGGGAGGAGGGGCUGGGGGCCUGGACUCUUGAGUCUGAGGGAGGAGGGGCUGGGGAUCUGGACUCCUGAGUCUGAGGGAGGAGGGGCUGGGCCAAUAAUCCCUGGUGUUUGGGGAUCAUUCUGGCUUUUGGUCCCUGGGCUCUGUGGGGUCGGCUGUCCAGAGCGAUGGGAUGCUGCUCUCCUGUCGGCAUCUAGCAGCCCCAGCGUCCUGUCCCUCCUCUCUGAUUCUGGCCCCCUGACGACCUUUUGACCUUUCGUCUGACUUUUCAGAGGUCUGCUUUCUCAUGAUCUGAUUGGUGUUUCUCUAAAGCGGAACUCUCGGAGGUGCUGCGCUCAUCCCCCUCAGGCUCCUUCCAGCCCUGCCAGGACCCAGACCUGGGGCAAGGGGCAAAACGCCGGCUCCGUCUUCCUUCGCAAGCCGGGGUGGCUGGUGGGGAUGAGGCGGGGUGGGACUCAGCAGCCUUCGUCCCGAUCCUGCAGGGCAGACCACCGUGGGUCUGAUUCCCCAUCUCGUCCCUCCCCAGGCCCUCUGGACCACGACAGAGGCCACAGCAGCAGGUUAGUGACCCCAUCAGCCUCCAUCCUGCACGUCUAGGAAGGGUGGUGGGAUUCCAUCUACUGUUCACUGCAGAGCCUUCUCCCCCAUGUCUCAGCCCCCAAAGCAGACAGAAUCAUGAGUGUGGAGGCUCGGACCUCCAGCUCCAUCACCCUGAGCUGGGCAGCCCCAAGGGCCCAGACUGGCAGACUUCCAUCUACUGGGUCCAGGGGCAUGGCCAGCGGGAACACAAGCACGUCACACUGCUGGCUAGUGGUGGAGGGCUUCAGCCUGGGACCCUCUACACCUUCUCUGUGUGGGCCAAGAAGAAAGGAAUAGGUGGCCCCAGGGACGUCCUGAGCACGUCUGCAGGUAAGAGGGGCCACCUUUGCACUGCCUAGCAACAUGUGUGUGUGUACAUUUGUAAAAAGUGCCAGGCUGUGCACUUGAUUCUCGUGAUUAGAGCCACAAACAAACUUUAUCAAAUGACUCUCUUCUUUCCCCAUGCCCAAACUAGUUCCUCACCCUGAGGGCCCCGCAGGCCCAAACUAGUCCCUCACCCUGAGGGUCCCGCAGGCCCAGACCCCAAGACCUGCCCCUGCUGGCUCCACUGGGCCUGUGACGACUCAGACAUCAGGGUGCCUUCGGAGGGCCUGGCUGCAGGGAGCAGUACCUCAGCAUGUGGGCCCAGAAGCAUGAGGUCAGUAGCCCCAGUCAGAUGCUCACAGAGGCCACGGGCGAGGGGUGAGAGCACUCUGGGCUUGGGGAGUAGGAGGCCUCUGACAUCCGCCCCACUGAUAGGGUGCAUCCCUCCAGAGCAAGCAGGGCUGUGGGAAGGAGGGGAUGCUUCCCUUUGCUCUGGAGGCCCAGGGCCUAUGGGGUGUGGUCUGUGAAGCAGGUUCACUGUGCACUGGUUACCAACUCGCCAGAGUCUGAUGAGACAGAACGCCACACGCAAAAAGUUACAUGAAGUGGGCUUGUUUCUCACAGAUGGGCAGCAAGGGACAGCAGAAGCCCGGGGUCCAUUGUGAGCUGGUCCCCCAAGGCUUAGGAAAGUGGCCUAGGGAGGAUAGGGUCACAACUGUGUGUGCCUCACUUGUAUGGCAGCUGAGGGACCCCCAAAAGUACCCAGCCCUGGGUUUUCUACUCUGGGGGAAACCUGAGUCACCGGGCUCAAGCAUUGAAGGGCAUCCUUUUUCUAGGGCAGGCAGGAAUGGAGCCCAGGCUGCCUGGCCAGUCCCUCCAUAUCUCGGGAUAUUGCAUUCCCAGCACAUUCUACCGUUACUGUUGAGAACUACAAGUAAGAGACAACCGGCUCUGUUUAAGGCCACUCAGAUAACCUUCCUGCAGGAACCCUGACCCCCUUCCCUUCCUUUCCUUGCCCGGCCAGGUCAUGGAUCUGAGGAUACAGGCUCAGACCCUGAGUUCUGUCACACUAAGGUGUAUAUCCCCCCCAGGCCCAGACCCCCACACCUACACCUACUGGGUCCAGUGGGCAGGGACCACAGCCCCCAGUGGGACCAGAAGUGUGGCAGAGACAGGGUUGUGGUGGAAGCCCUGGAAUCUGGGUCUUCAUAAACCUUCAUUGGGUGGGCUGAAAGGCGCGGUGGCUCAUGCCUGAAAUCCCUGCACUUUGGGAGGCCGAGACGGGUGGAUCACCUGAGGUCAGGAGGUUGAGACCAGCCUGGCCAACAUGAUGAAACCCUGUCUCUACUAAAAAUACAAGAAAAUUAGCUGGGCGUGGUGUUGCGUGCCUGUAAUCCCAGCUACUCAGGAGGCUGAGGCAGGAGAAUUGCUUGAACCCGGGAGGCAGAGGUUGCAGUGAGCCAAGAUUGCGCCACUGCGCUCCAGCCUGGGCAACGAGCAAAAUUCCGUCUCAAAAAAUAAAUAGUCGGUCACGGUGGCUCACGCCUGUAAUCCCAGCACUUUGGGAGGCCAAGGCAGGCAGAUCAUGAGGUCAGGAGUUCAAGACCAGCCCGGACAACAUGGUGAAACCCUGUCUCUACUAAAAAUACAAAAAUCAGGCAUGGUGACACAUGACUGUAAUCCCAGCUACUCGGGAGCCUGAGGCGGGAGAAUCGCUUGAAUUCGGGAAGUGGAGGUUGCAGUGAGCCUAGAUCGUGCCAUUGCACUCUAGCCUGGGUGACAGAGUGAGACUCUGUCUCAAAAUAAAUAAAUAGCCUGGUGUGGUGGCUCACGCCUGUAAUCCCAUCACUUUGGGAGGCCGAGGCGGGCGGAUCACCUGAGGUUGGGAGUUCGAGACCAGCCUGACCAACAACUUGGAGAAACCCCAUCUCUACUGAAAAUACAAAACUAGCCAGGUGUGGUGGUGCAUGCCUGUAGAAUCACUUGAACCCAGGAGCCAGAGGUUGUGGUGAGCCGAGACUGCACCAUUGCACUCCAGCCUGGGCAACAAGAGCAAAACCCCAUCUCAAAAAUAAAAUAAAAUAAAUUUUCUGCAUCUUAGCAGGUUCUCCUGUCUCCCCUCCAGUUUGUACCUCCCUUCCCCAAGAGUGACCAGUCUCCUGAUCUUUAUCAUCGUAAAUUAGUGUAGUCUGUCCUUGAACCUUCUCUAAGUGGAAUUAUACAGUAUGUAGUUAUUUGAUUCUGGCUUUCUUCACCCAACAUUGUGGAUGAAAUAUGGAUCCAUGCUGUGUGUUUUUAUUUUUAUUGCUGUGUAGUAUUUAUCGUAUGAAUGUAUUACAGUUUGUUUUCAUCCCUCUCUUCAUGGACAUUUUAUGUUUCUAGUUUUGGGCUACUAUGAAUAAAGCUACCAUGAACA